CUAGGCAUCAUGUCGAUAGAGAGGAUCUGGGCCCGGGAGAUCCUGGAUUCCCGUGGGAAUCCCACGGUGGAGGUGGAUCUCCACACUGCCAAAGGUCUUUUCCGGGCAGCAGUGCCCAGUGGAGCCUCCACUGGCAUCUAUGAGGCACUGGAGCUAAGAGAUGGUGACAAACAGCGUUACUUAGGCAAAGGUGUCCUGAAGGCAGUGGACCACAUCAACACCACUAUCGCUCCAGCCCUCAUCAGCUCAGGUAUCUCUGUGGUGGAACAAGAGAAACUGGACAACUUGAUGCUGGAGUUGGAUGGGACUGAAAACAAAUCCAAGUUUGGGGCCAAUGCCAUCCUGGGUGUAUCCCUGGCUGUGUGUAAGGCGGGGGCAGCUGAGCGGGAAUUGCCCCUGUAUCGGCAUAUUGCUCAGCUGGCCGGGAACUCAGACCUCAUCCUGCCUGUGCCGGCCUUCAACGUGAUCAAUGGUGGAUCUCAUGCUGGAAACAAGUUGGCCAUGCAGGAAUUCAUGAUCCUCCCUGUGGGUGCUGAGAGCUUUCGGGAUGCCAUGCGACUUGGGGCAGAGGUCUACCACACACUCAAGGGGGUCAUCAAGGACAAGUAUGGCAAAGAUGCCACCAAUGUGGGGGAUGAAGGUGGCUUUGCCCCCAAUAUUCUAGAGAACAGUGAAGCCUUGGAGCUGGUGAAGGAAGCCAUCGACAAGGCUGGCUACACAGAAAAGAUUGUCAUUGGCAUGGAUGUCGCUGCCUCGGAGUUUUAUCGUGAUGGCAAAUAUGACUUGGACUUCAAGUCUCCCCCUGAUCCUUCUCGAUACAUCACUGGGGACCAGCUGGGGGCCCUGUACCAGGACUUUGUCAGGGACUAUCCUGUGGUCUCCAUUGAAGAUCCCUUUGACCAGGAUGAUUGGGCUGCCUGGUCCAAGUUCACAGCCAAUGUAGGGAUCCAGAUUGUCGGUGAUGACCUAACAGUAACCAACCCAAAGCGUAUUGAGCGGGCAGUGGAGGAAAAGGCCUGCAACUGCCUGCUGCUCAAGGUCAACCAGAUUGGCUCAGUCACCGAAGCCAUCCAGGCGUGCAAGCUGGCCCAGGAGAAUGGCUGGGGGGUCAUGGUGAGCCAUCGCUCAGGAGAGACAGAGGACACGUUCAUCGCUGACCUGGUUGUAGGGUUGUGCACAGGUCAGAUCAAGACUGGUGCCCCAUGCCGUUCUGAGCGUCUGGCCAAGUAUAACCAGCUCAUGAGAAUUGAAGAAGAGCUGGGGGAUGAGGCACGCUUCGCUGGACAUAAUUUCCGCAAUCCCAGUGUACUGUGAUCCCCCUCCUGGAGAUUUGGAACCUCUCUCCCAUUUUCCUUGAACCCCUUUCUUCCUGUCUUGAUCUGUGAUAUUUCACCUGCUGAGAUACCCUAAAUCCCAGGGCGCCAGCCCAGAACUUCCCUGAUGAACCUGCCCCAGCUGCUCCUUGGCUUACCCAAUCCCACGCUGUCUCUGCUUUCUCUUCUCUGGGCCCCACUUUUUGGGUUUUCCCACUCUCCGCUUCUCCUUCCUUUCUAGUCUUUCCUCAAAACUUGGAAAUAGGGAUGAGAAUUACAAAGGGGGGGGUGUCUAUGGAAGAAUGAUUAGGGUCUGUGACAGGAACAUCAGGGUUGGUGUGUUGAGGUGUUUAGAGUGGGGUCAUGUGUCACUAGUACUUUGCGCUUGUUCCAUGAGUCUCCCAUGUUGCCUAUGAACUGUGAAUUAGGGAGAGUGCUGGG